CCCGCUAGCCCGGGCCUCGGGCGAGUCCUCGCCGCCCCCCCCCUCGGCGGGGAGCGCUGGGGGCCCUGGCUGCCUGUCCCGAGGGCACUCCCGUCACGCCGCUGUCCCCACACAGAUAACAAAAAGAGGACCUCGCUCUGCCGGGCCUCGCUGUCGGAGUCCUUCCCGCCGCCUCCCUCCUCACGCCCCCCGAGUGCGCGACCCCCCCCCAGGCCUCCGGGGCCCCUGUCCUGCGCGCCCUCUGCUCCCACGCUCAGAUCGCGCCGCCCGGAGGGCCGAGCGCCCCUGUCCUCCAAAAUGGGAGCUCGUUCCUCGGCCCGCCUCCCCGCGCGUCCCCCUGUCCGAGGGGAAGGAGUUGAGCGCCCACACCUCCUGCGAAACGCGGGUUGGAGGGGGUGUGUCUGAGCCGGGAGCUGCAAGGUUGGGUGUACUUGGUGCCCGGGAGGGUCGCGGUGUGGCUCCAGAGCUGCCCGGGGCCAGUGUUGGGGCCGGGCCACUUUUCCUCAAAGACACAGCACAGGCCCGAAAAAGAAAAGAAAAGAAAAAAAGCCCACUCCAAACCUAGUAGUAGCUGGAAGAGUGCGGGGUAUUUCUUACAAACUAGGUAAAGUUUUCCUUCUCUGUGCCUUCGAUCAGAUAUUUUUAUGACAGUCAUGGAUGCAAAUCUGUUGUCGGGAACCUUCGGAUUUUCUGCAUAACCAGCCCCACAGAUACUGUGUUGUGCGAAGUAAAGAUUAGAACGCAGUGCCGCCUUUAUGUGUGCAUGCCGUAUGGCAUCAUUCCUCAAGUAAAAAUUAUGUUUUCAUUCCUGAUAUGUCUGCAUGAAGCUGGAGGGGUGUGACUUCUGCCCAUUUUUUUCGGGGAGGAGAGACGAAACUAAAUAAAAGGCCCAUUUUCCAGACCUGUGAUCAGAGAAGUAGAUCUGUGGAAUUCGAGUGACAAGGUGUCAGGGCAGAAUUAUAUCAGGAAAGUUAACCACAAAUGGAAGACCACACGAUUUGUAUUUUGAAGCCAGUGUCAUGGCCUAAUUCAGAAGUAGCAGUAAAACUUGAUACAAAAUGAUGAUGAUAAUAAUAAUAAUAGUGUAGCACCUUGACUUUUACAGUAGCCAUUUCUGAGAAGCAGGAAGGAGUUUAUGUGAUUUUUUAAAAAAUUCUUGCAUCUUACAGGAGAAGGUAGGCAGAAGUUACUUCUGGCACUUAAAGGACAGAACCAAAGCACAGGAUUGAUGUGAGAUAUGCUUAAAGCCAAGUGCAUAUAAGUCUUUUAACUUUGGUUCCAGUGCUCUU